GGAGUGCAUGUCAUUCCUCGAUUUCAUCGAGGACGACGACGGCUGUAGCAUGAUGCCGCGCCGGUUAGUAGUAGAGAAAUAGGGAGUGAGGAAAAGACUGAGGGUUGUGGCGCGCCAGUUUUCCCUUCGGUUCAGCUGCACGAAGUUACGGACGGACCGCUGCCGUAGUUGCCGUCGCACCGCCAGCCGACUGACGACGGCGUUUUGCAGCGAUGGCGGCGACUACCCUUCACGCAUCUCUUUCUACUGCCGCAGUAGGGUUGUCCCACAAUGGCGGGAUCGGGACGCAAUGCCAGCGGCGAUCUGCUACGAGCGCGUUGCCAGCUGUCAAGUUGACGACCUAUGAGGGACUCGGAAAGGCGUCCCGCCUGACGGCGGACGUUGUGCCACGUGUCAGCACAAGGAAGAACCUCAAGUGCGGUGCCGUUUCUUCACCGGACUCGUCAUCGAAGACGCUUGACAUCCGAGCGCAUUGCCAGCCUUUGGUGGGAAACAAGGCUCCUGAUUUUGAAGCCAAAGCCGUCUUUGACCAAGAAUUUAUCGAGGUUAAGCUGUCAGAUUACCAGGCGCAGGGCAAGUACGUAGUGCUGUUCUUCUACCCUCUGGACUUCACGUUUGUGUGCCCGACGGAGAUCACGGCCUUCAGUGAUCGGUAUGCGGAGUUUGCAGCACUCAAUACCGAAGUGCUGGGCGUUAGUGUGGACAGUGUGUUUUCCCAUCUUGCCUGGAUACAGACGGAGAGGAAAUCAGGUGGUCUUGGUGACCUGUCAUACCCGCUGGUUUCUGACAUCACGAAGGACAUUGCAAGACAAUACAACGUCCUGAUUGAGGAGGAGGGUGUGGCUCUUCGUGGGCUUUUCAUCAUUGACACAGAGGGCGUUAUCCAACAUGCAACGAUCAACAACUUGGCCAUUGGCAGAAGUGUGGAUGAGACGCUCAGGACAUUGCAGGCUGUGCAGUAUGUCCAAGAGAACCCAGAUGAGGUUUGCCCUGCUGGGUGGAAGCCUGGGGAGAAAUCCAUGAAGCCCGACCCUAAGGGAAGCAAGGAGUACUUCGCAGCAAUUUAAUUUUCCUUGGCAGCAAUUUCCGGUCUAGUUUUUAGUUAGGAAAAUUGUGUUUCUGUAGCGUUAAUGCACAAUUCAGGCUUAUGAAUUGUGCAGUACCAUGCCACCGGCUUAGAGCGGAUGCUGGCCAUCCAUGUCUGCAAAGGCACGGUAGUUUGACAUGCCCGAUUCACUGUGAGGGAUACUUGCCAUUGGAGGAAUUUUGGUAUUGUGAUACAGUAGGUAUCUGAGAUUGUACACCACUUUCUUUUGUUCUUUUUCUGUUGUGUUCGUGCACAAGAAAUAUACGUGGGAUUGAACCGAUGAAUGACUGCUUUCUCAUGUCCUCUGACGUCGAUGGGUAUGACAGUGGCUGCAUGCUGUCAUCUCAAUACAACAGAUGUUGGCAGUAACCCUAAUGGCCCAUUUUUGUAUUUGUGAUUGCGGGAUGAAUGUGGCUGUCAGUGCUUGUGUGUGUGUGUGUGUGUGUGAAUGUUAUGCUCACAGUAUA